GCGUUUCCACAAGCUCGCUGGGGUGGGAGGAGAGGAGGAGGUGGAGGAGGAGGUGGUGGAGGAGGAGGAGGUAGGGGGCGGAGAGAGAGAAAGCGCACGCCGGGAGGUGGUGUGGGUGUUCUCCGCUUCCAUCCUAACGGAACGAGCUCACUCUUCGCGGACAUGGGAUUACCCAGCGGCUACUAACCCCUCUCCUCGUCCUGCUCCCCCAAACCGGAGUGGCUCCCCGGGCACUAAGGAGCUGAAAACAGAGGAGCGGGAUUGGCAUUCCUGGCUGGGCAUACUCUGGCAACUGAGUGCCUGACCCCUGUCAGGAUUUCUCAAGAAAGACAUGUCUGACAAAAUGUCUAGUUUCCUACAUAUUGGAGACAUUUGUUCUCUGUACGCAGAGGGAUCGACAAAUGGAUUUAUCAGCACCUUGGGACUGGUUGAUGAUCGUUGUGUUGUGCAGCCGGAAGCUGGGGACCUUAAUAAUCCGCCUAAGAAAUUCAGAGACUGCCUCUUUAAGCUAUGUCCUAUGAACCGAUACUCUGCCCAGAAGCAGUUCUGGAAAGCUGCUAAGCCGGGGGCCAACAGCACAACAGACGCAGUGCUACUCAACAAACUGCACCACGCUGCAGACUUGGAAAAGAAGCAGAAUGAGACAGAAAACAGAAAAUUGCUGGGAACCGUAAUCCAGUACGGCAAUGUGAUCCAGCUUCUGCAUUUGAAAAGUAAUAAAUACCUAACUGUGAAUAAGAGGCUCCCAGCUCUGCUGGAGAAGAAUGCCAUGAGAGUGACCUUGGACGAGGCUGGAAAUGAAGGGUCUUGGUUUUACAUUCAGCCAUUCUACAAGCUGCGAUCCAUUGGAGACAGCGUGGUCAUAGGUGACAAAGUCGUGCUGAACCCUGUCAAUGCCGGCCAGCCCCUGCAUGCCAGCAGCCAUCAGCUGGUGGACAACCCUGGCUGCAACGAGGUCAAUUCCGUCAACUGCAACACAAGCUGGAAAAUAGUUCUCUUCAUGAAAUGGAGUGAUAACAAAGAUGACAUUUUAAAGGGGGGCGACGUCGUGAGGCUGUUCCACGCUGAGCAGGAGAAGUUUCUCACCUGCGACGAGCACAGGAAGAAGCAGCAUGUCUUUCUGAGGACAACCGGGCGGCAGUCAGCUACAUCUGCCACCAGCUCCAAAGCCUUAUGGGAGGUGGAGGUAGUGCAGCAUGACCCGUGUCGGGGUGGAGCAGGGUACUGGAACAGCCUCUUCCGUUUCAAGCACCUGGCCACGGGCCACUACUUAGCAGCAGAGGUAGACCCUGACUUUGAGGAAGAAUGCCUGGAGUUUCAGCCCUCAGUGGACCCUGAUCAGGAUGCAUCUCGAAGCCGCUUGCGUGGAAAUGCCCAAGAAAAGAUGGUGUACUCCCUGGUCUCUGUGCCUGAGGGCAAUGACCUCUCCUCCAUUUUCGAGCUCGACCCCACCACUCUCCGUGGAGGUGACAGCCUUGUUCCAAGGAACUCCUAUGUACGACUCAGACACCUGUGCACUAAUACAUGGGUUCACAGCACAAAUAUCCCCAUUGACAAGGAAGAAGAAAAACCUGUGAUGCUUAAAAUUGGCACCUCUCCUGUGAAGGAGGAUAAGGAAGCCUUUGCCAUAGUUCCUGUUUCUCCUGCUGAAGUUCGGGACCUAGACUUCGCCAAUGAUGCCAGCAAGGUGCUAGGCUCCAUCGCUGGGAAGCUGGAGAAGGGUACCAUCACCCAGAACGAGAGAAGGUCGGUUACCAAGCUGCUGGAAGACUUAGUUUACUUUGUCACCGGUGGUACUAACUCUGGCCAAGACGUGCUUGAAGUGGUGUUUUCCAAGCCCAACAGAGAACGGCAGAAGCUGAUGAGAGAACAGAACAUUCUCAAGCAGAUCUUCAAGUUACUACAGGCCCCAUUCACAGACUGUGGCGACGGCCCAAUGCUCCGUUUGGAGGAGCUGGGGGACCAGCGGCAUGCUCCUUUCAGACAUAUCUGUCGGCUCUGCUACCGAGUCCUGAGGCACUCGCAGCAAGACUACCGGAAGAACCAGGAGUACAUAGCGAAGCAGUUUGGCUUCAUGCAGAAGCAAAUUGGCUAUGAUGUGUUGGCUGAAGACACAAUCACUGCCCUGCUCCACAAUAAUCGAAAACUCCUGGAAAAGCACAUCACUGCUGCGGAAAUCGACACAUUUGUCAGUCUGGUGCGAAAGAACAGGGAGCCGAGGUUCUUAGAUUACCUCUCCGACCUCUGUGUCUCCAUGAACAAAUCCAUCCCAGUGACCCAGGAACUGAUCUGUAAAGCUGUGUUGAAUCCCACCAAUGCAGACAUCCUCAUUGAGACCAAGUUGGUUCUUUCUCGUUUUGAAUUUGAAGGUGUUUCUACCGGAGAGAAUGCUCUGGAGGCAGGAGAAGACGAGGAAGAGGUGUGGUUGUUUUGGAGGGACAGCAACAAAGAGAUUCGUAGUAAGAGUGUCAGGGAAUUGGCACAGGACGCUAAGGAAGGACAAAAGGAAGACCGAGAUGUUCUCAGCUACUACAGGUAUCAGCUGAACCUCUUUGCUAGGAUGUGUCUGGACCGCCAAUACCUGGCCAUCAAUGAAAUAUCAAGCCAGCUGGAUGUAGAUCUCAUUCUCCGCUGCAUGUCUGACGAGAACCUGCCCUACGAUCUCAGGGCAUCAUUCUGUCGCCUCAUGCUUCAUAUGCAUGUGGACCGAGAUCCUCAGGAACAAGUUACUCCUGUGAAAUACGCCCGCCUCUGGUCAGAGAUCCCCUCCGAGAUUGCCAUUGAUGACUACGAUAGUAGUGGUGCAUCCAAAGAUGAAAUUAAGGAGAGAUUUGCUCAGACCAUGGAAUUUGUGGAGGAGUAUUUAAGAGAUGUUGUGUGUCAGAGGUUUCCUUUUUCUGAUAAGGAGAAAAAUAAACUUACAUUUGAGGUUGUAAAUUUGGCUAGGAACCUCAUAUACUUUGGUUUCUACAACUUCUCUGACCUUCUACGAUUAACCAAGAUCCUCCUGGCCAUACUAGACUGUGUACAUGUGACGACAAUCUUCCCCAUUAGCAAGAUGGCAAAAGAAGAAGAGCAUAAAGGUAACAAUGAUGUGGAGAAGCUGAAGAGCAGUAAUGUCAUGAGGUCUAUCCAUGGAGUUGGAGAACUGAUGACCCAGGUGGUGCUCCGGGGAGGAGGCUUUUUGCCCAUGACUCCUAUGGCUGCCGCCCCCGAAGGCAAUGUGAAGCAGGUGGAGCCUGAGAAGGAGGACAUCAUGGUCAUGGACACCAAGUUGAAGAUCAUUGAAAUACUCCAGUUUAUUUUGAAUGUGAGGUUGGAUUAUAGGAUCUCCUGCCUCCUGUGUAUAUUUAAGCGGGAGUUUGAUGAAAGCAAUUCCCAGACUUCAGAAACAUCUUCCGGAAACAGCAGCCAAGAAGGGCCAAGUAAUGUACCAGGUGCUCUUGACUUUGAACACAUUGAAGAGCAAGCAGAAGGCAUCUUUGGAGGAAGUGAGGAGAACACCCCACUGGACUUGGACGAUCAUGGUGGUAGAACCUUCCUCCGCGUCUUGCUCCACCUGACAAUGCACGAUUAUCCGCCCCUGGUGUCCGGGGCCCUGCAGCUCCUCUUUCGGCACUUCAGUCAGAGGCAGGAGGUCCUCCAAGCCUUCAAACAGGUUCAACUGCUGGUUACGAGCCAAGAUGUGGAUAACUACAAACAGAUCAAACAAGACUUAGAUCAACUGCGGUCCAUUGUGGAAAAGUCUGAGCUCUGGGUCUAUAAAGGACAGGGCCCGGAUGAGAUCACAGAUGGUGUAUCUGGUGAAAAUGAGCAUAAGAAAACUGAGGAGGGGAAUAACAAGUCACAAAAGCAUGAAAGUACCAGCAGCUAUAACUACAGAGUGGUAAAAGAGGCCGAAGACACCAAGAUGCAGGAAAUUAUGAGACUGGCUCAUGAAUUUUUGCAGAAUUUCUGUGCAGGCAACCAGCAGAAUCAAGCUUUGCUGCAUAAGCACAUAAACCUGUUUCUCAACCCAGGGAUCCUAGAGGCAGUCACAAUGCAGCACAUCUUUAUGAACAAUUUCCAGCUCUGCAGCGAGAUCAACGAGAGAGUUGUCCAGCACUUUGUUCACUGCAUAGAGACCCACGGUCGAAAUGUCCAGUACAUAAAGUUCUUGCAGACAAUUGUCAAAGCAGAAGGGAAAUUUAUUAAAAAAUGCCAAGACAUGGUCAUGGCUGAGCUGGUGAAUUCAGGAGAAGAUGUCCUUGUGUUCUACAAUGACAGAGCCUCUUUCCAGACUCUCAUCCAGAUGAUGCGGUCAGAGCGAGACCGGAUGGACGAGAACAGCCCCCUCAUGUACCACAUCCACCUGGUGGAGCUCUUGGCCGUGUGUACUGAGGGCAAGAACGUCUAUACGGAGAUCAAAUGCAACUCUCUGCUCCCGCUGGAUGACAUUGUCCGUGUGGUCACCCACGAGGACUGCAUCCCUGAGGUUAAAAUAGCGUACAUUAACUUCCUGAACCACUGCUAUGUGGAUACUGAAGUCGAAAUGAAGGAGAUCUAUACCAGCAACCACAUGUGGAAACUGUUCGAGAAUUUCCUUGUGGACAUCUGCAGGGCCUGCAACAACACCAGUGACAGGAAGCACGCAGACUCAAUUUUGGAGAAGUACGUUACUGAAAUUGUGAUGAGUAUCGUUACCACCUUCUUCAGCUCUCCCUUCUCAGACCAGAGUACGACUCUGCAGACUCGCCAGCCUGUCUUCGUGCAACUGCUGCAAGGCGUGUUCAGGGUUUACCACUGCAACUGGCUGAUGCCGAGCCAGAAAGCCUCUGUGGAGAGCUGCAUCCGGGUGCUCUCUGAUGUAGCCAAGAGCCGGGCUAUCGCCAUUCCUGUGGACCUGGACAGCCAAGUCAACAACCUCUUUCUGAAGUCCCACAAUAUUGUGCAGAAAACAGCCAUGAACUGGCGGCUGUCAGCUCGCAAUGCUGCUCGCAGGGACUCUGUUCUAGCAGCUUCCAGAGACUACCGGAAUAUCAUCGAGAGACUGCAGGACAUCGUCUCUGCGCUGGAGGACCGGCUCAGGCCUUUGGUCCAGGCGGAGUUGUCUGUGCUUGUGGAUGUCCUGCACAGACCCGAGCUGCUUUUCCCUGAGAACACAGAUGCCAGAAAGAAAUGUGAAAGUGGCGGUUUCAUUUGCAAGUUAAUAAAGCAUACUAAGCAGCUGCUAGAGGAGAAUGAAGAGAAACUUUGCAUUAAAGUCCUGCAGACCCUCAGGGAAAUGAUGACCAAAGAUAGAGGCUAUGGAGAAAAGCAAAUUUCCAUUGAUGAAUUGGAUAAUGCUGAGCUGCCACAAACUCCGGAAUCCGAGAACUCCACAGAGCAGGAACUUGAACCAAGUCCACCCCUGAGGCAACUGGAAGACCAUAAAAGGGGUGAGGCGCUCAGGCAAAUUUUGGUCAACCGUUACUAUGGAAACGUCAGACCUUCAGGAAGAAGAGAGAGCCUUACCAGCUUUGGCAAUGGCCCACUGUCACCUGGAGGACCCAGCAGGCCUGGGGGAGGAGGGGGAAGCUCUGGGUCCAGCUCCAUGAGUAGGGGUGAGAUGAGCCUGGCUGAGGUUCAGUGUCACCUGGACAAGGAAGGAGCCUCUAAUCUGGUUAUUGACCUCAUAAUGAAUGCAACCAGUGACCGAGUGUUUCAUGAAAGCAUUCUCUUGGCCAUUGCCCUUCUGGAAGGAGGCAACACCACCAUCCAGCACUCCUUUUUCUGCAGGCUGACGGAAGAUAAGAAGUCAGAAAAGUUCUUUAAGGUCUUUUAUGACCGAAUGAAGCUGGCCCAGCAGGAAAUUAAGGCAACCGUGACUGUGAACACCAGUGACUUGGGAAAUAAAAAGAAAGAUGAUGAAGUAGACAGGGAUGCCCCAUCUCGGAAAAAAGCAAAAGAACCCUCAACACAGAUAACAGAAGAGGUCCGGGAUCAGCUCCUAGAGGCAUCCGCUGCCACCAGAAAAGCUUUCACCACCUUCAGGAGGGAGGCCGACCCUGACGACCACUACCAGCCGGGGGAAGGCACCCAAGCCACCACUGACAAGACCAAGGAUGAGCUGGAGAUGAGUGUGGUCAUCACCAUCAUGCAGCCCAUCCUCCGUUUCCUCCAGCUGCUGUGCGAAAACCACAACCGAGACCUGCAGAACUUUCUUCGUUGCCAAAAUAACAAGACUAACUACAAUUUGGUGUGUGAGACGCUGCAGUUUCUGGACUGUAUCUGUGGAAGCACAACUGGAGGCCUCGGUCUUCUCGGACUGUAUAUAAAUGAAAAGAAUGUAGCUCUGAUCAACCAGACCCUGGAAAGUCUGACCGAGUACUGCCAAGGCCCUUGCCAUGAGAACCAGAAUUGCAUAGCCACCCAUGAGUCCAAUGGCAUCGAUAUCAUCACAGCCCUGAUCCUCAAUGACAUCAAUCCUCUGGGAAAGAAGCGGAUGGACCUUGUGUUAGAACUGAAGAACAAUGCUUCAAAGCUGCUGCUGGCCAUCAUGGAAAGCAGGCACGACAGUGAAAAUGCUGAGAGGAUUCUUUACAACAUGAGGCCGAAGGAGCUGGUGGAAGUGAUCAAGAAAGCCUACAUGCAAGGUGAAGUUGAAUUUGAGGAUGGAGAAAAUGGUGAGGAUGGAGCUGCCUCUCCCAGGAAUGUGGGGCACAACAUCUACAUCCUGGCACAUCAGCUGGCUCGGCAUAACAAAGAACUCCAGACCAUGUUGAAACCUGGUGGCCAGGUGGAUGGAGAUGAAGCUCUGGAAUUCUAUGCCAAGCACACAGCCCAGAUCGAGAUUGUCAGAUUAGACCGAACAAUGGAACAGAUUGUCUUCCCAGUGCCCAGCAUAUGUGAAUUUCUAACCAAGGAGUCAAAAUUACGAAUAUAUUACACCACAGAGAGAGACGAGCAAGGCAGCAAAAUCAACGACUUCUUUCUGCGCUCUGAAGACCUCUUCAAUGAAAUGAAUUGGCAGAAGAAGCUGCGAGCCCAGCCCGUCCUCUACUGGUGUGCCCGCAACAUGUCUUUCUGGAGCAGCAUUUCAUUUAACCUGGCUGUGCUGAUGAAUCUACUUGUGGCGUUUUUCUACCCAUUCAAAGGAGUGCGAGGAGGAACAUUAGAGCCACACUGGUCGGGCCUCCUGUGGACAGCCAUGCUCAUCUCUCUGGCCAUUGUCAUUGCUCUCCCCAAGCCCCAUGGCAUCCGGGCCUUAAUUGCUUCCACAAUUCUACGAUUGAUAUUUUCAGUCGGAUUACAACCCACCUUGUUUCUGCUGGGAGCUUUCAAUGUCUGCAAUAAAAUCAUCUUUCUAAUGAGCUUUGUGGGCAACUGCGGAACAUUCACCAGAGGCUACCGGGCCAUGAUUCUGGAUGUGGAGUUCCUCUAUCAUUUGCUGUAUCUGGUGAUCUGUGCCAUGGGGCUCUUUGUCCAUGAGUUCUUCUACAGUUUGCUGCUUUUCGAUUUAGUGUACAGAGAAGAGACUUUGCUCAAUGUCAUUAAAAGUGUCACCCGCAAUGGACGGUCCAUCAUCUUGACAGCUGUUUUGGCUCUGAUCCUGGUUUACCUGUUCUCAAUAGUGGGCUAUCUUUUCUUCAAGGAUGAUUUUAUCUUGGAAGUAGAUAGGUUGCCCAAUGAAACAGCUGUGCCAGAAACUGGUGAGAGUUUGGCAAGUGAGCUCCUGUACUCUGACGUGUGUAGGGUGGAGAGUGGGGAGAACUGUUCCUCUCCUGCACCCAAAGAUGAGCUGAUCCCUGUGGAAGAAAUGGAACAGGAUAAGGAGCACACAUGUGAGACGCUGCUCAUGUGCAUUGUCACCGUCCUGAGUCACGGGCUGCGGAGUGGGGGUGGAGUUGGGGAUGUGCUCAGGAAACCGUCCAAAGAGGAACCCCUCUUUGCUGCAAGAGUGAUUUAUGACCUCCUGUUCUUCUUCAUGGUCAUCAUCAUUGUCCUCAACCUGAUUUUUGGGGUUAUCAUUGACACCUUUGCUGACCUGAGGAGUGAGAAGCAGAAGAAAGAGGAGAUCUUAAAGACCACAUGCUUCAUCUGUGGCUUAGAAAGAGACAAGUUUGACAACAAGACUGUCACCUUUGAAGAGCACAUCAAGGAAGAACACAACAUGUGGCACUAUCUGUGCUUCAUCGUUCUGGUGAAAGUAAAGGACUCCACAGAAUACACUGGGCCAGAGAGUUAUGUGGCAGAAAUGAUCAAGGAAAGAAACCUUGACUGGUUCCCCAGGAUGAGAGCCAUGUCUUUGGUCAGCAGCGAUUCCGAAGGAGAGCAGAAUGAGCUGAGGAACCUGCAGGAGAAGCUGGAGUCCACCAUGAAGCUCGUCACCAAUCUUUCUGGCCAGCUCUCGGAAUUAAAAGAUCAGAUGACAGAACAAAGGAAGCAGAAACAAAGAAUUGGUCUUCUAGGACAUCCUCCUCACAUGAAUGUCAACCCACAGCAACCAGCAUAAGCAAAUGAAUAGAGGAAUUGUAUUUACCUUUUUUAAUUAUUUUUGGUGUGGGUAUGGCUACUUAGUUCUGAUUCACCCACUAAGGUUACAUUUAUGCUUAGUACAUUUGUAAAUACUCAGUUUUAUACUGUAUGUAUAUGAUUGCUACCUAAAGGUUUGGAAAUAUGUAUUGUAAUUAGACUUGUUGGCAUGAUGACAUUUCAUUUGUGCCAAAAAUAUUACAAAUGCCUUUUUUGGAAGGACUACCGAAAGUACCUGAUUUGCACUUGAACCAGAUUAUAGAUUUAAAACUAUAUGACAUGUAUUUUGUAUUUAAAACUAGAAUAGCCAGUAUUUAUGUUUUUUAUAAAACUGUGCAAUACGAAUUAUGCAAUCACAAUAAAUUUGUAACUCCCUAGUAUCCCACAGGGAGUACACAUCUUUGAAGCUGGUGUGUUAAUACUAUGUAAUAAAUGGUUAAAUAUCAAAUGAUGCUGCUGCCAAAAUUAUAUUCAUAGCGAGUUUCAGGCCCCUGGGCAUUUUGUACCAUAUAAUUAUCUACAGUGAUACUGUUUUUCGUUGCUAGUGGCAUUAGUGCCUCUGUCUCAUAGUGACAACGCUCCAAGUCUAUGAACUGUUAAAUUAGCAUUCAUUUUAAGAAAACCAAUGGUAGUUUCAAGGAUACUUUUAGGCUUCUAAAUUGAUCAGUUAAACUAUUUCUUUAAAUAAGAGAGCCAUGUUAAAGACUCACACUUUAGGAUGUGAAGAAGUUGAUGAAUUUUUUAAAGGGAACUUUUUAUGCUAUGUUUGGGAUAAAUGCAUAUUGCUGGCCAAUUAAUGUCAUCUCCUAGUUGAAUUUUGAUGUCAUAAUAUUAAAAAAAGAGUAAUUGAUAGUUUCUAGAGUAUCUAGUCCAAACGGUAGGGAUUUUUUUCUUCAUCUGAACCAACAUACUACAGUAGCUAAGAGUAUUAAAACUAUACACAGCCAUAUAAAAGAUACGAACUAUCCCCUUAGGAUUCAUAGUUGAACACUGACAUAUUACUCUUCUGAAAGAGCCACGUUUUGGUUUUAUUUCUUUGUCACCUGAUUUCUUUUCUGGAUGGAUGAAAAGUAUGAAAGGAAACUUUUAUACCUGUUGCCUAGUUUUGUAUAUGGGUCUCAUUUUACUAGAGAACCACUCUGCAAAAAAAUGUUUAAAAAUGUAUUGAAAGCAGAAUUCUGAAAUGAGUCAAGUUUGUAAAUGCAUAUAUAAAAAUAUUUAAUAAAUGAUGCAGAAUAAUAUA